CCUAUUUGUAUCAGAACAGCUAACUGUAAUAUGAAAGUCUAAUAUGUUGUUAUUGCGCUGUAUAGCCGGGGUGAUGGAUGUUGUUUGGAGAGGAUUCUGCACUUUUGUUCUCACAACGCUUGUUUUUGAAGAAGUUACAGGACUCUUGAUCAGGAAUGAAGAGCUGAGGAAGUGUGUACAGGCAAAUGAAGGUCAAGUCAGCAGUAGGUUAACCCUGCAAGAGUGCAGGGCAGAUUCAGCUCUGCAAGAGUGGCACUGGAACCCAGAGACACGCUCUCUCAGCAGCCCGCAGACAGGAGGGUGUCUAACUGCACCCCAGAUCCAGGAGCAUGAGAGUGUUUGGCUGCAAGCUUGCAGCUCUGAGGAGGAGGAUCGUGAGGGCCAGACCUGGAGCUGCUCUAAAAAGGGUCUCCUGACAUUACACAGCAAGGGUCUGCACCUGAGCGUACGUCACGAUUCCUCCAAGGUCUUCCUUUCCAAAGAUCGUGGGAAAGGCAGCAAGUGGAGGACAAUGGCUAAUCAAACGGUAUGCGAGGAUACAGACAGGACACAUCACGGCCAGAAUGUGUUGCAAGAGUCUCAGCAGACACUUUCAACUGGACCCCGAAUCCACACACAAAUUCGAUAUUGGCAUUCUGGGAGUAAUGUCCAGACCUCACAAAUAAAGUCAACUGAAGCGACACAGACUGCAGAGGCAUCGGCUGAACCUAAAAGUAGCGUAGAGCCUGGGGGACCUUCUGUUAAUGUUUUUACAACAGACUAUGGAACAGGCUGGAAAAUGACAAUGUUGCUUCUAAGCUGUUUGGCCCUGUUACUUGGGCUUGUGAUCCUCACUCUUAACAUUUACCAGAACAGGAGGAAGAAGACUGUGGUGGUGCUGAAAUCCUACACUCCGACAGGAGAGGUCAGUCAGCCAGGGUCUCCGGUGCCUAGUGAGAGAGCCCCUCUAACCCGACACCCUAUGAAACCUGCUCAGUCCCCCUCCAUCCAGCGAGGCGAGAUCCUUGUUGAAUGGAAAGAUGGAACAGUCACGCCACUGUUUGAAACGUAUCUAACCGACUAAACAGCAUUAUGUAUUGAAGAAAUAAAUGUGAGAGUGGCCUGUGUAUCAUUCCUAAGAAAACUGACAGAACCGAAUUGGCUUUAUUAACUUAUUACAUGGAAUGCUUGAUUCUGAUUCUUGAUAUUUUUUCUUGAUACUGACCGCUGUCCAGGGAAUCACUGCCAAUUGCAUGCUCAUGCCCAGUUUCCAUGUAUUUAUUUAUUUGUUGUGUAGCCGUGGGAUAAA